AUGGUAUCUGUUAGAAAUGCAAAGAUAAUUUCAUUGAUUUAUCAAAUAUUUGCUAUUUUGGGUGAAAUAAUUUUAUUAUUAUUAUCUCCAAAUGAUAAAGAAGAAAUUGAAUUUAAUCCACCAUCACCAAUUUCAUCACCUUCUUCCAAUAGUUCAACACCACCAAUAUCUGCUUCAAAAUUACAUAAUCAAGUUUCUUCAUCAUCAACUUCAUCAUCCACUUCAUCAUCAACUUCAACUUCAACUUCAACAUCUUUGUAUGAUAAACAACAAGCUACAAAUGAUUCAAUAGAGAUUGCCAGUAGUUUAACCAAAGCCAUUUCAAUUGCAACUCUACAAAAUUCUUUACUACCACAUAAUCAAAUCAUUGCAAGAUCAUUGGUACCAAAGAGAUUAAGUAGAAAGAAAGUUAUUGUUGUAACAUUAGAUGGUGGUGGUAUUAGGGGUAUUGUAACAUUAACAAUUUUAAGAGAGUUACAAAAAAUGAUGGGAUUGGAUAUAAUUGAUAAAGCACAUAUGGUAUGUGGUACUAGUACUGGAUCAAUCAUUGCUAUGGGUCGUUCCAAACCAUUACCAUAUGAUGAAAUAGUUGAAAUUUAUAAAAACUUUGGAAAAGUAAUUUUCAAAGGUACAGUUAAAAACUUUUUAGUUGGUGCAACACUUGCAAAUUCUGAUAAAAAAGAACAAGAAUUAAUAAAAGUUUUUGGUAAUAACACUAUGGGUAAUUUUGCUCAAAAUAAAAAAUUAUUUGUUGUUGUUUCAAAAUUAAAACAUAACAAUUCAUUAUUACAACAACAGCAAACACCACAACAAACUUUUAUUAAUCAAUCAACACCUUCUUCAUUACAACAACCACAACAACAACAAAUUUUAAUUAAUCAACAACAAGAAAGUGAAUUUAAAACUAAAAUCAUUUCAAAUUAUAAUAAAAAGUAUGAAAAUGUUAAAGUUUCAGAAGCAUUAAAUGCAUCAUCGGCAGCACCAAUUUAUUUUAAACCAGUGGAGAUUAAUGGUCACAAAUAUGUUGAUGGAGGUAUUGGUUAUCAAAAUAAUCCAAUUUUAUUGGCUCAUAAAGAAUGUUUGAAAUUAUUUGGUGAUAUGACAGAAUAUUUAUUCAUUUCAUUAGGUACUGGUACUUUUGAAGCAACUAGUACUGUCAUCUCUCCAAGUAGUAAAAAAAUAAUAUUCCAAGCUCAAGAAACCUUUAAAAAUGCUGUUGGUUUAAUUAAAAAUGCUGCUUCAAGUAUUGGUGAUUCUGAAACACCUCAUCAAAUUUUUAAACAAAUGUCAAAUUAUAAAAAUGUUAGUUACUAUCGUUUCAAUCCAAAAUUAACUCAAAACUUUUCUUUGUCCGAUACAAGUAAAUCAAGUUUAGAUGCAAUGGAAACUGAAGCACGACAAUAUAUGCAAUCUCAAGAUAUGAUUAGAGAAGUUCAAAAUCUUAAAAAUGAAAUUGAAUCAAUAAUUAAUUCCUCUUAA